GUGGAAGCAGCAGUGAACGAACACUCAAGCUGCUGCGCACUGACAGAGCGACUCGGCACAGCUCUGUGAAAUGUGAGUGCACACGGACGGCGUGUCAGAGCUUUAGACAGUUAAAGCCUGCCAGCAGAGCUGCUGGUGUACUUUCACACAGCUGAGGAACCUGAGGAGAACUUCAAGUUCCAGCAGCCCGCACACUGGGCCGGAAUGAACGGGCCUUUGAGUCCACGGCGGGAGCCCGUGCCUGACCUCUCCUGCCUGCAGCACUACAGCGAGUGGCUGGCCUGCAGGCAUGAAGCCAGCCUGCUGCCCAUGAAGGAGGACCUCGCCCUCUGGCUCAACACAAUUCUGGGCAUGAAUAUAACAGCGGAGAACUUCAUGAACAUGCUGGAGACUGGAGUGGUGCUCUGCCAGUUGGCUGAGGAGCUACAGGAGAGGAUGAUUCUGGCAAGCAAUGGCAAGACUUUCAUCCGGCGUGUGAUUCGCUGGACAGCUGGUGCUGCCCCCGGUUCCUUUUUUGCCCGGGACAACACAGCCAACUUCCUGUACUGGUGCCGUAAAAUCGGGGUGGGCGAAUCCCAUCUCUUUGAGUCAGAAGAUUUGGUUCUUCACAGGCAUCCACGCAAUGUAUGCUUGUGUCUCAUGCAGCUUGGGAGAAUUGCCUCAAAGUACGGAAUCGAUGCCCCCGAACUCGUCAAACUGGAGAGAGAGCUUGAGAAGGAAGAAAAUGGAUCUCUCUCUCCAUCCAUGUUCUUUGCCUCACCGUUACCAUCUCCCUCCUCUCCUCCUCUUUUCUUCCCUACUGCUCCAUCACCACCUCCACCUUCUUCACCUUCUCCUAUCCCUGCCUCCAUCUCUCCCUCCACUCCACCUGCUUCUCCAGCCCCAUCUCCUUCUCCAGCCCAGAGCCCCUCCCCUCCUCCAACCCAAAUCCCUGAACCUGUCACCCAGCAGGAGCCUAAACCUGAGCCUACCUCACCCACUCCCCCCUCACCUGUUAAAGCACUCACACCCACCACACGCCGCCUCAGCAAGUCCAGUGGGAAAAGGAGUGCAGACUGCCUGCUGGAUGACGCUGUUAAACAGAUUUCAGAAGACCCACCGUGCAGAUGUCCAGUGAAGUUCUGCAUUGAGAAGCAGCCUAAAGGCCGCUACCGUGUGGGGGAUAAAGUACUGUAUGUCAGGAUGCUGAAUGAUAAACACGUUAUGGUGCGUGUCGGCGGUGGAUGGGAAACAUUUGGAACGUACCUGCUAAAGCAUGACCCAUGCAGGACAGCUCAGCUCACUUGGCCGGGACUCAAACCCUGCAAGCCCACCGGCAGGUCCCCCAACACCAAAGAGUCUUCACGGGACAGCUACCUGGUUGUAGGCACGCACUCCCGCCUCAGAAAAUAACUCCCUGCCUUAAUUUGUGCAAGAGUUGACCAACGUUGUGAUCAAUGACCAGCCAUGCCUUGUACUGAUAUCUCUUGUGUAUCACUGUGUUGAGUCAAGAAAAGAAUGGACAGCUAAAAACUUUGAAUAUUA